AUGUUGUGGCUGGGCACGCUGCUCUGUGAUGUGCUCCUGAAAGGAGUGGAUAUCCUGCGUGGUGUUGCCCAUUAUCCUCUGACCAUAGGUUACGAGGGAUGUACACCUGCCUAUCUGAGGACCCACCGUGCGGCUCUGCACCUCCCAGAAGGAAAGAUAAAAAGUGAGCGCGCCCAUGGUCAUGUGUGCUUGUUGCAGGAGGCAGUAACAUUCAAGGACGUGGCCGUGGUCUUCACGAAGGAAGAGUUCAGGCUGCUGGACUCCUCCCAGAGAAAGCUGUACCAAGAUGUGAUGGUGGAGAAUUUUCGGAACCUGCUUUCAGUGGAGUAUCAACUUUUCAAACGAGAUAAGCCACACACAGAAAGAGAAGAGAAGCUUCGGGCGAAGAGGGCGACCCAGAGGGCGAGAAAUUUAGGAAUUGACAGUCAGAGUGAGCUAAGGGCUGUCCGAGGUAGGGGGUCACCUGAAGCCCUUUCCUGCUGGCAAAUCUGGCGGUGGGUGACAGACGACUUAACGAGGUGUCAAGACGCUGAGGCAAAUAGUCCUCAGUUACAGGGCGGCUCCCCGUGCCAGUUCGAGGCAGGGUUCUCUGCUCACGUUUCUGAAGAUGAGGGCUCUCUACGGAGUCAUAAAGCAAAUGUUCCCAUUGACGCGGGAAGCCUCCUGUUUCCAGUUUUGAGAACCCCGAAACAUUUUCUGACUGAGCCUCAGAAACAUAAGGAUGGAUACCGACAGAUUGCCACGAGAAACGAACUGGGUCACUCUACAAGUCGUAGAGCGCACAAACGUGAAGAGCUUUAUAGUCCCUGCGAUCCCGGGAGGGAUAAUGGUAUAAAGACGGCGCCAUCUGAUCAGAAUGGAAUGAUUCACACCGGGCAGGAAAAUGACCGGUGUAAAGAAGCCGUUCCUGAUCCCCACCAACUGUUAGACUCAGGAGAGAGGGCUCGUGCAAGUGGUGGACGUGGGGAAGGCUUCCACGACAGCACAGAUGGUUGCGUGUAUCAAGGAGAUCACACAGGAGAAAAACAUAAGGAAUCCGGCCAUAGUCCGCAUCUACCCAUCCACCAGAAGGACCACACAGUAGCGAGACCGUACAAAUGUGAGCAGUGCGGGAAAUAUUUCAGUUGUAGAUCAGCCCUGAAUGUUCACUUUAAAGUCCACACCAGGGAGAGACCUUAUAAUUGUGAGGCCUGUGGGAGUGCCUUCAGCCAGGCCUCUCACCUUCAAGAUCACCAGAGACUCCACACGGGGGAGAAACCGUUCAAAUGUGACGCGUGCGGCAAGAGCUUCAGUCGGAAUUCACACCUUCGGUCCCAUCAGAGAGUCCACACGGGAGAGAAGCCGUACAAAUGCGAGGAAUGCGGGAAGAGCUUCAUUUGUAGCUCCAAUCUUUACAUCCAUCAGAGAGUCCACACGGGAGAGAAACCCUACAAAUGUGUGGAGUGUGGGAAAGAAUUCAGUCGCCCUUCAAGCCUGCAGGCCCAUCAGGGCAUACACACCGGAGAGAAAUCGUAUGUAUGCACCGUGUGUGGUAAAGGCUAUACUCUGAACUCCAACCUUCAAGUCCACCUGAGAGUCCACACGGGAGAGAAGCCGUACAGAUGUGACGUGUGUGGCAAAGUCUUCAGUCGCUCUUCGCAACUACAGUCUCAUCAGCGGGUCCACACGGGCGAGAAACCCUACAAGUGCGAGGUGUGUGGUAAGAGCUUUGGUUGGCGGUCAAAUCUAAUAAUUCACCACAGGAUCCACAGCAGUGGUAAGCCUUCUAAGAGCAAGAAAGAUGGUAAAAACGUCAAGGAAUCCAGUCCCGAAAAGUGUUCUAUAAAAUAGUGCGUUGACAGACUUGUGUCACGUGGACUUUUAUUUUUAUUUUAUUUUUGCAUUUAAUUACAUGUGAGGGCUGUAGAGACGGCUCAGCAGCUCAG